UCUCUCUCUCUCUCUCUCUCUCUCUCUCUCUCUCUCUCUCUGUGACAACCCUUUUGGCCGCUCCUCCGCCAUGGAUCUUCAGCCCGCGCAGGUUCCAGGGAAGUCUCAGCCGCCGAGAGAAAAAGCUGGCAGGAAAACGAACGCACCGUCGAGGGCCGUCGCCGCCAGAGAUCCUCCGGUUUCCAGGCAGAAGCGCGUGUUCGGUACGUCGCGGUGCACCAACGUUCUGGCGAAGCCGGCGACGGAGAAACCCGCUGCGAAAUCCGCGACCGGGGUUCACCGGAAACUGGCCCAGUUGGCGCCGAAAAGCCCAUUAGCCGCCGGUGCUGCUCUAGCGACAGCUGCUGCGGAGAAAACAUCUCUGGAAAGAACGGAGACUAAGCCGAAGGAGAAGAGCGUUUGCUUCGAAGAGGAAUCGCCUAAGAAUCUGGGCGAUGCGCCGGCGGAGAAAACACCUCCCGAGGGAGCGGAUUCUAAGCCGAAGAAGAAGAGCGUUUGCUUUGAAGAGAAAUCGCCUAAGAAUUUGGGCGAUGCACCUGCGGAGAAAACAUCUCCCGGGAGAGCGAACCCUAAACCGAAGAAGAAGAGCGUUUGCUUCGAAGAGAAAUUGCCCAGGAAUUGGGGCGAUGAGAGUGCGGUCGGGCCUCGGACCCCGGUCCAGGCGCCCUUGGCUUCUGUGGCGAAGCCGAGAAGGUCCGGGACGCCCUAUCACACGGCCGAGAACUGCAGCAAGUGCAGAUUCGAUAGGCUGGAGUCCGCGUCGUACUGGCUCGGCCAGAUCAAGCUGGCGGAGCCCGUCGGGAAGCAUUUCGUCUCGGCGAAUUUCUUUCGGAUGGCUCUGGAAUGCAAGGCUGAGCCCAUCCGGAGCCUGCGCAUCGAGCUGAAGCGGUAUCUGGCUCGGCACCUGCACUUAUCGGAAGAAGCCGAGUGGAGAAACUUGUCUCUCGGCUAUGGUGGAAUCCUGAAGGAUGAACCCAAUUCGGGUCCCCGAAAUCCGGAUAGUGGGAAAGCGAGUGCGAGGCUGAGCACCGGAAGCAACCAUGAGGAUCGAGAACAGCAGGAUGCAAAGGACGAGCUCAUCGACUCGAAAGGGGAAUAAGCAAAUCGGUCUUGAGAUUGCAACAGCAUCUAGUCCGUCGGUCGUUUGUGUAUUUGGCUUCGAUUUAAGCAAUCUUUUGCUUUUCGGGUUUUGUCAGGGACUCGAUAUAUAUAUGUUAGUUUCGUGCCGGAACUUUCGAACGACGAUGAGAUCUCUGAAACAUGAGAUGCCAGUGCAAGUGAAGUGAACUAUGGCACAACGUAGUUUAUCCACAGUCAA